AUGGUGCAUGAACGCAUUCCGAUGGUAGUCCGUCUGCUGACGAUUCUCCUCGCGUUGGUCGCUACAGGAACGGCCGGUUCCGGUGGCAUCAAGAGCUGUGACUACGGACAGGAGAUGUUCCGGUCCGGCACACAGGUGUACUUCCUCAUAACUAUCGGAGCGUUGGUCGUCAUUACGUUUACCGUUCGUGUGCUGAUCUUUGACGUCCGCAAACUCCGUCUACCAAAGGCGCAAGCGUUUGUGAUCUUCGACUCAGUGUGGCUCAUGUUCACGUUCGGGUCCGCCGUGGCCGUCGCAGCCGCUCCCGUGGGUACGUCAGUGUGUUCAGGCGUGGACGAGGACAUCAAGAUCUUGCUGCAGGAAGUGUGCGAGUUCCAGUGCACCAACAUCGUCGCCGCUAUCGUCACCAUGUUCCUAGCGUCCGUGUGCAUCGUGUUUGACAUCCUCUUCACAACCGACUCCAUCCCUGUCGGCAGCAGCGACCCGCCUGCCGAAGACUUCACCUUUGGCGAGACUGUAGGCACUCCACGCAGCCAAAAGGCCGCUGCCAACCGCGGCGCCGCCGAGAUUUAAACCCGUUAAUACAAUUCACUUCAACUUGCCUCUCAC